AAAACAUGAACAAGUUAUUCAGCGUACUUGUAUUGUUGGCUGUCCUUGCUAUGUGCUCGGCCCAAUACUAUGGAUACGGUCGUCCAGGUUACGGAGGAUAUGGUGGAUACCGUGGAGGAUACGGCGGUGGUUACCAUGGAGCCUACGGUGGAUACGGUGGUUACGGAGGUGGUUAUCAUGGAGGAUACGGAGGCGGUUACCGUGGAGGAUAUGGUGGAUACCGUGGUGGAUACGGAGGAGGUAUCAAAGUUGGAGCCAUUGGUGUCGGAGUUGGUGUCGGUGGAUUCUACGGUUAAUUAUUAUA